AUGUCGACAGAGCCCUUUGGCCGCGCCAACAUCGGCGACCUCAGCGAUCGAAUCGCUUUAAUCACGGGAGCCUCUUCUGGUAUAGGACGUAUGGUCGCUCAGGCAUAUGCAGGAGCUGGUGCGUAUAUCAUGUGUGCUGACAUAACUCCCAAUCCACCUAAGACUCCAAUGCUGGAGGACACGACCAGGGACAGAGGCACAGACCUUAGCACCCCGACCGUCGACCUCUUGAACCAGAAGUGGCCCGGCGGGGACAAGCCUAGAGCGUCAUAUGUGGAUUGCGAUGUGACGAAGGCGGAGAGCGUCGAGGCAGCGGUAAAGGCGACCGCCUCACAGUACGGCCGUCUGGAUAUCAUGGUCAACAACGCAGGCGUCGCCAUCGAGUCCCACAGCGCGCCGAUGCCACUCCACGAACUGCCCGUCUCCGCGUUCGACACAUCCUACAGCGUCAACAUCCGCGGCGUCUGGCUGGGCAUCAAGUACGCCGUCACGCAGAUGCUCGCGCAGCCACCCCACCCCAGCGGCGACCGCGGCUGGAUCAUCAACAUGUCCUCCAUCUACGGGCUGGUCGCGUCCAAGUACCUGUCCGCCUACUGCACGGCCAAGGGCGCCGUCACGAAUCUCACCAGGCAGGCGGCGCUGGAGUACGCGGAGAGCAAGAUUCACGUCAACAGCAUUCACCCGGGGUACUGUGACAGCCCCUUUCUGGAGAGAUCGAGGCAGCGGCAUGGCGGGCAGAUCGAUGAGAAGUGGACGGCGGCGCAUCCGUGGGGGAGGCUGGCGUGGCCCGAGGAUGUGGCUAAGAUGGCGGUGUUUUUGGCGGGGGAUGGCGUGGCGUUCGUCACGGGCCAGCGUAUGUUUAAAAAAACCACGCUCAUUCCUGGGAUGCGGGAGUGGGAGUGA